CCGUUCAGCUCACGUAAGCGGCAAAACAUCAAUCGGAUUUCAAUACACACUUCGGCGUUUGAACUGUCGCAUAUCUUCUCACUGUGGACUUUAUGUCAGUGUCAUCAAGUUUGUAAACACCGUUUGACUGUGAUGCGUAGGUCUACGAAAAAAAAGGAUUUAUGUAGAAAAAUGACAUUUUCCUGCGAUUGGUAAGGUAAAGGACAUAACAUAACAGGUGUGACAUAAUGGCGGCGUUCUUUGAUCAUCAGUACACAUGGAUUAAAGUGAUAUUCAUUGUUACAUUGUUGUGUUUUCAUGUGAAACAUUUCAGCUGUAAGAAACACAAACAUCCUCCUGUUGUUGCAUUCUUUCAAGGCAGUUGCGGACGCGACGUAUGUGAUCAGGGUUGUCGUGACAUAGAUAAUGGAGGGUACAUUUGUGAAUGUUAUGGAGGUUUUAGACUCAAUCAUGAUGGAAUCUCAUGCUCAAAAAUAUCUAAAGACAUGCAGCUAUUACAAGAAACACACAUCGAAAGACCCGACAUAGUGAAGAUCAUCCCCAUUGACAAUGACAAUGAUGUUCACACAGACAUUUUACUUCAACCUUCAAAUGUAAAACCCAGUACAGGCUUGAAUGAAGUGACUUUUGAGAAGUCAGUUAUAUCGAAAGUUUCUAGUCAAAAAAAUUCACAGAAACUGAACAAAAUUUUAGAUGAUGUACAAGAAGACUUGAGACAGUCUGCAAAUGAAGUAACAUUUGGAAAAGGUGAUAUUAAAGAAGUUAAAAGUGUUGGUAUUGAAACAAUUGAAACAGUUACAACUGCUGAUAUAGGAGAUGAGAAUUCUAGUCCUAAUUCAAUCAAGAUUGUGACAUACGAUCAGACACCUGAAGCUCCUACUCUAGAAACAGACAAUUUACGCAGUUCAGAAACGUCCGGGAAUAAUGAGAACCUUCAGAAUCUUGUGCCUAAUCUUUUACCUGUAGUCCCUCAGUCCAGCGAUGACAGUAGUAGUAGGGGAAAAUGUGAUGAGUUUUCAUGUUUGAAUAACGGCAAAUGUGUAGAUGAUGGAACAGUGUUCAGAAACAAAGUUAGAUGUGAUUGCGAACUUGGAACACUAGGAUCUAAAUGUGAAAAAGAAGUGAAUAUUCGUUAUCCACGUUUUUAUGGCAACAGUUACAUGGCACUUCCUGUGUUGAAGAAUGGUUAUAAAGAGAUGAACAUUUUGCUUGAAUUUAAACCAGUGGCACAGUUUGGACUUCUUCUCUUCAGUUCAGAGUUUGAAGAUGCAAGAUCAGACUUCUUCUCCAUUGCUCUUAUAGACGGAUACCUAGAGUUCAGAUAUGACUGUGGGACUGGUAUGGGUGUUGUAAGGUCAUCAGGUCCUGUUGUCAUGGAUACAUGGAACACACUAAGGAUCCACAGACAUGAAACCAUGGCGACAAUGUGGCUAAAUGAUGAGCAACCUGUGCAAGGAACAUCAUUGGGUUCGUAUUCACGUCUGACACUGAGGUUAAAUCUCUAUGUGGGUGGAUAUGACAAUAUAGACCAGAUUCAGGACAAGAUUGGCACAAGCAAGGCAUUUGUGGGUUGUGUUGAGCAUGUCGUUGUCAAUGACUACAAGUUUGACCUGAGGAAAGCAGAACUUGUUGGAGAUGCUCAGUUUGGUGCUAAUGUUGGUGAAUGUAGUGAAGGACUGUGUGACAAUGUUGUUUGCCAAAAUGGCGGGAAAUGUCAGGUGACCUCAGCGGACAGUCAUGUUUGUUUAUGUCCUCUUGGAACAGGAGGUGAAAGCUGCCAACAUGUGAUGGAUGUACACAUACCAGAAUUUCAGGGUCACUCGUACCUUGAAUUUGAAGGCCUAGGUAGAUCAGCUCUCCUGUUUCUGGAGAUAGAAAUAGUUCUCAAAGCAACGAAAGCAGACGGUCUGAUACUAUACAAUGGCUACACUUUAGACAGGAUGGGGGACUUUAUAUCAUUAGCCUUACAAGAUGGUCACCUGGAAUUCAGGUUUGACCUUGGCACUGGACCAGCUAUUAUAAGGUUGGAAAAUCGGAUCUCACUGAACCGCUGGCACUGGGUAAAGGUGUCUCGCACUGGAAUGGAAGGCAUUCUUGAGAUAGAUGAUCAGGUUGCAGCUAUUGGUCAGUCCCAGGGGGCAUUCACGCAACUCACCGUCACACAGAGCAUGUACGUUGGUGGACAUAGGAACUUUGAUGAAACAUCAAAGCUAGCCAAUGUUUCACAGUCGUUUGAUGGCUGUAUACAAAAGUUGAUUAUAAACAAUCGUCCAGUCAGUCUGAUACAGGAUGCUUUAUCUGGUGUAAAUAUUGAGAGCUGUGAACAUCCGUGUGAGGGGAAGCCAUGUUUAAAUGGUGGAGAAUGUUUACCGAGGAAAGAUGUCUACACAUGUUACUGCCCACUUGGAUACGCUGGAAACAACUGCCAGAAAAAUACAGAGAAAGAUAUGACAAAACCGAGGUUUUCCUCUGAAAGCUACUUGAUAUACAAGCAAAAAGUGGUAGCAAAAAAAAUUGGUGGAGACAAAAUUGACAUAAAAUUUUCCAUAAAACCAGUAUCAAGAAAUGGCCUGCUUCUGUGGAGUGGUCCUGAUAUUAUGCAGGCGACAAGUGAUUACAUUGCUCUUGGCUUUAAAGAUGGUGCUCUUCAGUUCCGGUAUAAUUUAGGAAGUGGAGAGGUUGUGAUCUCGUACAACAAUUCCAGAUUGUUUGAUGGAAAAUGGCACAAUAUACAUGCUCAGAGAGACAAACAAGAUGGCUAUAUUUCUGUGGAUGGAAAAGAGAUUGUAGAGGGAAGUGCAAAAGGCAGCUAUACUAUGUUAAAUACAAACAAAAUUCUUUACAUAGGUGGCAUGCCAGAUGUAUCACAGGGGACUUUACGCAAGUUUAGUUCAGGUUACAAUGGAUGUAUCCAGGAAAUGGUUCUAGAUAAUGAUUUCUCCCUAUCACUUCUACAGUCUGCAGACAGUGGUAGAAAUAUUGUACCAUGCUCAUAGUAGCUUCAUUCUACUUUCAUAUACAAACACAAACGAUGUUAUACAAUGAAGAAGAGGUUGAAAAAUAUAACACUUACCGUUGAUAUGUGAUAAAGGAGAAAUAUGAUACAGAAGCUAUGUUUUAGAUAGCUUUUGAAAAGAAAAAAAGUAAAGCAGCAAAAUGUUUAUAUAUGUACUUUACAUUAUACAUUAUAUGAAAACAACAAAAUGCACUACACACUUAAAGUGUUCUUUUCAUACAGACUGUACCAGAAUAAAACAGCGAAAAACACACAUAAAUGGCACUUUGCUUUAUGAGUUGUGCAGUGAAAGACAGUAUACAUGUACUUUGAUUUAAAGCAGUGUGGGACAAUGUGGAUACUGAGGUGAAAACACAGUUCAUACUUUAAUAGACAGCUUUAUGAAUAUCAUUCUGAUAUUGAAAUAGUAUACAUGUUAGUGCUUUAAAUGAACAACUGAACUCUUGACAACAUAAGUACAUGAUUGAGAAUGUUUGUGCCAUACUUGCCAUAUGGUAUUUCUUGUGUAGUGUAUAUAAUGUACAUAUACAUUACAACAGAAUAUAAAUUAGGCUUAAAACUAACAAUAGUCCCAUGUGUGUUAUAGAAAUGUUUAAUUCAGUCGCUGUAUGAUUAUUUUUAUCCUGAUAAGCUUCUAUACACCUUAUACAUGUAAAAUAUCACCAAGUCAUAAAAGUGUAUAUAGGUUCAGUAAGUAUGUAUGCUCUACCUUUAACAUAUGUCGUGUAACCAGUGAAGUGUGAACAUUACAGUCUAACUUUGUUCCUGAACUCGUCGGGACAAGCAAAGUUUACUCUAGUUAUCAGUAGUUCGAGCCGUCAAACUAAAUACAUUGUAUAGGGAUUUGGCUGGGACCUGACAAUGAGUUAGGAUGAAGAAUGAUGUUUGAAUUAUCAGAGUUCAAGCGAACAAAGUUUGACUGUAUAUAGUUCUGCGAUUUUGAUUGUAAGAUUAAUAACAUCUGAGAUUUUGUUAUGAUUAAAUGAUACACAGUCUGGAAUUGAAAUGAAGCUGUAAUAUUUUAAAAGUUUCAGAAAGAUAUUACCUUAGUUAGCUGAAGGAUUUUCAGUGUAAUGAAUUUUGACUGGAUGUGAAUUUUGAAUUUUGACUUAUGUUGAAUGGAACUGAUCCCGUCUAAAGUUGUUCACAGAGCAAUAAUGUUUUCUUUUUAUACCUGGUAGAUAAUACAGACUGAUAUUUUAUAUCAAAAUCUGCACCUGAAGUCUACAACUAAUAAUGGGAUCUUCACCAAACUUGGUCUGAAGCAUACUUACAUUCCUUGGAAUUAUUCAGGUCAUCAAGUUCAAACUACCUUUUUGCAUGAAUGAAUUGAUAGUAACUUCACACUGACCUUGGUAUUAAAUUGUGCUCACAGCAGAAAAUGGAUACAAAAGCCAUAAAAUAUACUUGAAUGUCUUGAUAGAUUUUUACUGAACAUGUUUCAUAACUACAUGAAUUUCUCUUUUUCCAAAGUGAGAGAUAAUAUGGCCAUUUUAAUUGUCUGGUCAGCAGACUUUUCUUAAUAUAUUAUGAAAUUUUAAUACAUGUAACUUGUACCCAAUUUUGCAUUUUAGAAGAAUACAUAUUAACUUGAGACAGGAAAUGGCAUAGGACAAUCUUUAUGUAAAUAACUGCAUUCUUUAAGACUUAUUAAAUUUUUUCCCCAGAGACAUACUGGGAGGACACUGAGAUAUUGUUAGAAUUAUGAUAUUUAAUGGCUAAGUGUUGUUUUGGGUAUAUUUUUACAGCUAUGAAAUAUGUUUGUGCCAUAAUACAUUAAGCUGUGUUGUUUGUGAUUGUUCUGUUUAAGUGUAUUAAACAAUGAUUGUGUGGAUAUUUGUUUACUUGUUUAGAUAGGCAUAUAAUGCACUUAUUUUUGUAGUAAUGUGAUAUGUGUUAACAUGUUUAAAAUCCUUUUUUUUUGCAUUUUCGGAACUGCUGCAAGUCUUACAUGUAUUUGUUAAGUUAGUGUAAGAAAUUCCAGAAAAUACCAUUUCUGCUCUUCCAUUGUCGCUAACUUUCCUUUCUUCCAUUGUCGCUAACUUUCCUUUCUUCCAUUGUUGCUAACUUUCCUUAACUAUGAGACUUAAGAAUUAUCUAAAAAAAAAAAAAAAAGUGGGAUAUUUAUUUUUGAAUCGAAAGUUAUUUGUAGAGCAUAUUAGUAUUGACAGCAGGAAAGAAUAGAAUGCCCAUGGUCCUUAAAAAACUGUCAUGUGAUGUGUUUAUAUUAUUUUACAAAGAUGUGCAAUGACAAGGUAUUCAGUUUUGAAUGUUACAAAACUUUAAUGUUGGAUGUUAUAGUUUCAUGUUGUUUUCUGUUUGAUGGUUGUUACACCUUAACUCUGUAUACACAGAGUGGUGCAGUUUAUUCACUUUUUUAUUUUCCUCAAGAUGUUAAGUGUUACUUACAGCCUGUUGUGACUUGUUCAUUUUCGGAAACUGUGCAAUGAGCCAUAACCUGAACUUAAAAUCAUUUAUAUGACUGUACUAUUGUUGAUAAUAAAGGGUUGUAUCUCCUACAUGCGGCCCAUUUUUGACUAGUUUGAUAAAUAUCUACAGAAGAAAAAUAUUCUAUUUGCCGUUUACAGCCUUAUAAGAUUGUAUGUUAUUGGCUUUGAGAUAUAUUAUGAAUGAAGAUUGUUUUCUUAAAAUGUGGGAGUUAUGUUCCAUUUAUUAAAACACACAAAAGUCUCCUGUUAAAUGUUUUCUAAACUUUUAUUUCUGAUAUUUCAACAAUUAAAUUUCCAACAAUAAUGUUUCUUUACUUUCACAAAGUUACUUAGUUUAAAACACAAAGUUUCCUUUAAGAUUAAUAACACAAGAGUUGAUCACUAAGAGUCCUUAAUUUGUUCACUAAGUAAAAUGUAGCUUAACCCUUUCCCACAUCGAUACGUUUAUCACCGUAUCUAUCGAUUACCAAACAGAAACGUAUUGACCCGUGUCUAUCGAUUACCUGAUAGAAACAUAUAAUACCGAUUAACGGCCAUUUGAACAGAAUCGUGUUAUCCCGUGUCUCAUAAUCAAUCGUUUUAUUUUCGUUCUUUUCCUAAAGAAACAAAUUCUGGAUGUUUACUAACUCAAAAUACGAGAUUUCGUCAUCAUUAUUUACGUACAAGAUCAUGUGGUUACUAUUUAAAUUUAUCGAGUACUUUGCAAGAAAAAACACCGGGGUUUUUUCCUACAUGUGCACGACGCUACGUCAUGGAAAAUUACUGAGAAAACUACUUGCAACUGGCCGGUUCGCGGGACUUUCCUCGUUCUAAAAAUAACAACCAUUUAAUAUCGAAGUAUUUUUAAAUGUGUUAGAUCAUGAAGGUCACGCGUGAUAUAUGCGGAUUUCCCCUAAACAACAAUUUGUGUAUACGAUGGCUUGGAAUUUAUGGCCUUACAUAACAGGAAGUGUUAAUCAAAAUAGAAGGAACACGGCUUCCAAAUAUUUUAUGACACCCCAAGAGUUAAUUGCAGCGGAAGUCACCUGUGAUGUACCGACGUUUGAUCAUCAAAAUAUUACGUAAUAUUAUCUAAAAAUAUUUUAAUUUUUAGCACAAGAAUACUGUUGUCAGUUACGAGUCUCGAUGUCAGCGAUCUUUUUGCACUUUCAGAAAUUUUAUGAUCCGUUAUUUAUGUAGUGUUUUUCAGUUUGAUGGUUGUUUUCUUUAUAUAAAUACUUACCGAUUCCGAUUCGGAAGAUGAGUCUAUUAACUAUAAAUCAAACUUUCAAACAUCAAAAUAAAAAUGUAUAUGAAUUUCAAUGUGAAAGUAAUCCAAAACAGAAUUUUAUGCCUAAAAAUAUAUUUCCCUUAAUUACUUUAACACUUUAUAUCUUCGAAACUCAAAGAGAAACUACAAUAAAUUUUGUAUCAUCGGAAAGAGAAUUUAAAUUGCUAUAAACUUUAUAUUGACAAAAAUAAUGUCAAACUCACAGAAAAUAUUAAAAUAAUGACAUUUUUAACAUAAGUGUGUGUAAUCACAAAAUAAUGCCAACACCUCUGUUCAGAUAAGACAGUCACGCUUAUCAGCCAUAUACCGAUUAUUCAUUAUUGAUUAUCACUUAUCAGUGUUAUGUAAAAGAGGCUACUUUGGCUUCUGUUCUGUGUGGUAAAGGGUUAAGUAACACAAAGUAUCUAUAUAUUUAUUUUUGAAAAUCAGGUUUAUAUACUUUCUUAUUAUUUGGCUUAACAAAGGAUGCAUCACUUUUGAUAAUCAUCAAACAACAAACAGUCUGAACAGUCUGAUUAGAUAUAAACCUGGAAGUUUUUGGUGAUAAAACAAAUGUCUAUAUCCAUUAAAUAAAGAUCUUCAGAUAAAUACCAUUGACAGCUUCUUAAAGAGACUGGACACAAGUGCUAUAAGGCAAACACCUUAAGCUUUCUUGACAUAUGUAAGAUUUGCACAGAUUAUGAUUUUAAGGAAAUUAAUUUUCAAAAUACAAACUAAAUCAAACAUUGUAGUAACCUCAAAAUUGAAAGUAUAAUUUUCAAAAUCUACAUGUUUUAAUGAAAAUUUUGAUACCAAACACAAUUAUGUUCUUACAUGAUAUGUUACAGUAUAUGAUGUUCUGUAAUAGAAAAUUAUGCAUCAUAAUAGAUACAUUUAUCAUAUAUUCUAAUAUGCUUGUUUCUGUUAAAACACGCUUAUGCUAAAAUGACGUCAUGUAAACGUGCCAUAACGUCAAUAUUUUUGUUGCGACCAAGAAAGAGUGUAUAGCAAAAUCGUGUUUUACCUAAAUUAAUACACUCUAAAUCAGUUAUACAUUGCCAGAAUCAUUCCUGUAUUAAUAACAUUAAAACACAGUUUUUCUGUACAUUAUUUCUUAAGUGAAAAGGGUUGUAAAUGGUAGAUACAACUUUACAUAGUAGUAGUAGUAAAAAGGGUAUAUGUGCAAAUGGUUAGAUAAUUUCAGAACAAUCAGUAUAGUGACAGUUGUUUUUGUUAGUAUUCUGAAGCAUUAAAUAUGAAGAUGCAGUAUGGCAAGGAACAGUUUUGGUGAGAAAUCUGUAAAACAAAAUGAACAGUUUUUUUUAGUCCCCUACUGGUUGAAAACCAGUUUUGGGGACUAUAGGAAUGUGCUUUUCCGUCUGUCAUUCUGUCAUUCCGUCAUUCCGUCCGUCUGCAAUUUCGUGUCCGGUCCAUAACUCUGUCAUCCAUGAAGGGAUUUUAAUAUUACUUGGCACAAAUGUUCCCCAUGAUGAGACGACAUGUCAAGCACAAAACCCGAACCCCUAGCUUAAAGGUCAAGGUCACAAUUGGAGGUCAAAGGUCAACAGGGCCUUUUUCCUGUGCGGUCCAUAACUCUGCCAUCCAUGAAGGGAUUUUAAUAUAACUUGGCACAAAUGUACCUUAUAAUAAGACGAUGUGUCAUGCACAACUUUCAGACCCCUAGCUAGGUGAAGGUCACACUUGGCAGUCAAAUGUUAACAUGUUAUGAACAGGGUCUGUUUCAUGUCCGGUCCAUAACUUUACCAUCCAUGAAGGUAUUUUAAUAUUACUUGGCACAAAUGUUCCCCAUGAUGAGAUGACAUGUCAUGCGCAAAACCCGGACUUCUAGCUCAAAGGUCAAGGUCACAAUUUGAGGUCAAAGGUCAAUAGGGUUUUUUUCCUGUCAGGUCCAGACCUCUGUCAUCCGUCAAAGGAUUUUAAUAUUACUUGGCAUAAAUGUUCCCCAUGAUGAGACGACAUGUCAUGCGCAACACCCAGAACCCUAGCUUGUAACUUGGCAUAAAUUUUCACUACCAUGAGACGUAUUGUUGUGCGCAAGAACCAGGUCCCUAGGUCUAAGGUCAAGGUCACACUUAGAGGUCAAAUGCCAAAUUCAAGAAAGAUUUUGUCCAGAGCCUUUCUUCUUUAUGCAUUGAGGGAUUUUGAUGUAACUUGGCACAAAUGUUCACCACCAUAAGGCACUCUUGUUUUUAGAUUUUUAAAAUUAUGUCCCUUUGUUGUUACUAUAAAUAGCUUAUAUUGUAACUUAUUUAUUACAGGCCAUAGGGAAAAAUUGAGACCUGUGGUACAACAUGCAUGUUACAUCCAAUUUUUAAGUGUAUUUUGACCAAUCUCUACCUGGUAAAAAGUUUUGUGUGGACUCGUAUAGAAUUAUUAUUUUUUUUUUUUUUUUUUUUUUGCUAUAAAUAACUUAUAUGAUACCUUUUUGAUAAUCGGCCAAAAAAAAUUCUAUAUGAAAACAACUAUAGGUUUUUAUUUAUACAAAUUUUAAUCCAAGUGUUUUGUUAUAACAUAUUGUAAUAUAGUACAAUAUUGUUUAUACAUUAUUGACAGAUAUCAGUUCAUUGUGUUAUACUGCAGUAGAGAAAAUAUGGUGCCUUCCAGUAGGGGACUUUGUAUUGCAUGGCAAUACUUCAUUCACUUGUUUUUUCAGUUUUGUCAAAACAAAUGUUUUUCACUUACUACCAUUUUUUGUGGAAUUGAUUUGUUGUUGAUAAUAACAUGUUUUGCAAAAAUCAAAAGUAUCUUUUUAACACACCAGAACACAAUGUGCUCAAGGUGAGCUAUUGUUAUCAUUCAUCAUGUGUCUGUCAAUCAUUUAGCGGUGCUCAACAGAUCUCUAAAACCAUUUGUUGAAAAGUGAAGAUGGCAGUUUCUUGGAUAGUCCUCUUCUAAAGUUGUUCAAAGGUUCCUUUUGAAGCAGCCAAAGUUAAAAACAGAAAUAGAAAAUCUUCAAACAACAUCACCUAAUGUUUAAUCCCAUUUUGAAAUAGUUCCAUGCAAAUAUUCCUUUGGUGACUCUUUACCAAGAAUGUUUACAUCAUUACAGAACAUCAAAAAAUGCUAGGGGCAGACUAGUUUUCCAUGUAUGGCUUUAUGGAAAACUUUGAAAAUCUUCUCUAAACCUGCAGGUCAGUUUUCAAAGGAAUUUGACCAAAUUAUUUAUUGUAACCAGGUCAUAUGAUCUUUGAAACUCUAGUGAGAGAUACAAGGCCAUCUGGCCCUCUUAUUUUACCUUUGUUUUGCGUAUUAAAUUUUUUAUUGUGAUCUGUUCAUUAUUUAUACCUGUAAACAUUCCUCCUUAAUACAUUCCAUUAUUCAUUUACAAACAAUUUUGUCAGUGUCUUUUACAAAAUCAAAUUUUGUUUCAGUUUUUAGCUUGACUUUUCCAAGAAAAAGUAGAGCUAUUGCACUUGCCCUGGUGUUGCCGUUGGUUAAAGUUUUUGAUAAAGUCAAAUUUUUUUGUUACCAUCAAAGCUAUUGACUUGAAACUUUUAUUUACUAUCAAAGUCUACACCAGGAGAAACAAUCCCCAUAACUCUGAUUUGAAUUUUGAGAGAGUUAUGUCCCUUUUUAACUUAGAAUUUUUUUGUUAAAGUUUUUGAUAAAGUUAAAUAUCUCUUGUUACUAUCAAAGCUAUUGACUUGAAACUUAAAACAGUUAUUUACUAUCAAAGUCUACACCAGGAGAAACAAUCUGCUUAACUCUGAUUGAAUUUUGACAGAGUUAUGCCCCUUUUUAGGUUGAAGUUUUUGAUAAAGUAAAAUAUCUGUGUUACUAUCAAAGCUUUUGACUUGAAACUUAAAACAUUUAUUAAUUAUCAAAGUCUACACCAGGAGAAACAAUCCCCAUAACUCUGGUUUGAAUUUUGACAGAGUUAUGCCCCUUUUCAACUUAGAAAUUUUUGGUUAAAGUUUUUGAUGAAGUCAAAUAUCUCUGUUACUAUCAAAGCUUUUGACUUGAAACUUAGAAUGUUUAUUUACUAUCAAAGUCUACACCAGGAGAAACAAUCCCCAUAACUCUGGUUUGAAUUUUGACAAAGUUAUGCCCCUUUUUAGAAAUUUUUGGUUAAAGUUUGAUUAAGUUUUUAUUACUGGCAAAGCUCUAAUUCAGAGUGAAGCACUGAGAAAAGUCAAGCCUGCUUGUCUUACGGACACUUCUUGUUAAAAACUCUACUGUAUAUAGUUACCAUUCAGGAUUUGAGAGUUUUUGUUGUUGUUCUUUUUAAGACAGAGAAAAAAACAUUUUGGCCUCAUUUAGGACUGCCAUCUGUGUAGCAGGUGUAUGGAAACUCACAUUGUUUGUUACAGACUAUAAAAAGGGAUUGUGGUAUUGGAAAGUGUUUGAGUAGUUCAAAUAGAUUUAUUCGCCACUUUGUCAGGGAAUCUUCUAUACAUUUGUACAUUUUGUUCAUCAGGUCAGUUACAAGAGUAUUUGAAUAAGAAAACACUUGUUUUAACUUUCUUUUCACACAAAUGUUUUUGCUACAUAUUAAAGUUACAGAUUUUUGUUAUUUAGUUAAAAUUAGCUUUUCAUGAAAUUAAAGUUUGAAGAUAUACAAAAAAAUUACCAGUAUGUGUGAUGCUAUUUCGAUGUAAAUGAGAUGUGAAACCAAAAUUUGUAGUCCUGUUUGGUGCCAUAUAACCUAUACUGCAUUGAUGCGCCGUAAAACCCAAAUAAAUAAAUCAUUUUCCAAAAUAUAUAUGAGGAAAUAAGUCUGAACAUCUUUUCCCAAAUUCAUGCAUACACACUUAUGCUUGCUAACAGAUAGUUUGUGCCCACUGCUAUUUCUGUAAAUAGCAACUUUUCUGUGAUCUUAUAAUAUAUCUUGCCACACUAAACAUUUUCUCUGCUUUUAUUGUUGUAAAAGUGAUCAGUGUACAUAUAAUUAUAUAUUAGAUUUCAGAAUUAGAAUUGUGUUUGUGAUAUUCAACAAGAGUACAGAAUAGAGUUUUCAGCAGUAAAACAGUUGAAGGAUAUGAAAGCUUGCAUUUAGUUUGUGAAUUUACAUUCAGCCUAUAAAAGCUAAUUGCAUUUGAUUACUGUAAUAAAAAAUACCAUUAUAGUUAUGCUGUUAGGGGCCAGACAUGGGAGGGUCUUUGGGGCCAAAAAUAUAGGAGUAUGUCAUUAAUACUGAAAAAAAAUGUUACAACCACUACAUUGACCUUGUGUCCCUUUUAUUGAACAUUGAAUAUUGUAAACAUAUGCUAGUACCGGUACUUGUUGUUCCUAAACUGGUGCCAGCAGUAUAUAAUGACCUCUUCUGAAAUAGAGAACAAUUUUCAUACAGACUGAUCAGGGGACAUUUGUGAACAUCACAUAAUACAAUUCAGAAAAAUGUAUACCUGUACUUUAAACAUUGAAAUGAAAUCACUUUCUGAGGCAAUUUUCAGUUCAUUGUAGCCAUGUGUGACAAAUGUCUCAAGACUUAUUGCUAUAUCACCAGCUUUGGCAUCAUCAUUCCUACAGAUUCUGUUAACUAUCACAACAGCAGUCAAGUCUCCUCGUACUUGGACUCAGUGUUGUAAUAUUAUCUGGUCCUUUCGGAUCAUGGAAUCCAUUCAGUGACUAUGGUAAUAGAAUUCAGCUUAAGUCAGUGCUAGGGGGAAUGAGGGGUGUAGCACAUUCCAUUACCUCACAUGAACAGAUUCAGUAAAACCAACUCUGCUAUUAUUUUAUGGUGCGUUCUGUGUUUCCAAAGGAUCUUCUUACAGAUUUUAUUAGCAAGCUCAUAUCUCAUUCUCAUUACUUAUCACAACUGAAUGAAACUUCUUACCUGCCUUCCCUGUAAUACUAUAGGAGCUAUAUUGGAGUAAUUUGUGUCCACUUGUUGGUCCAUCCGUCCAUAUUCGUGUCUGCUCCAUGUCCUCUUAACUACAUUGAAGAUUUUCAUAAAACUAGCAUCAGUUGUUUACCUCAUCAAGACGACAUGCAGAGUGCACACCCAGGUCACUCGGUCCAAGGAUAUCUAAUAGCUUAACUUUUAUGUCCACUCCGUGUUCUUUAAACCGCUUCAAAGAUGUUCAUAAAACUAGCAUCAAAUAAUUACUUCCAUCAAGAUGGUACAUCCUAGGUCACUUAGGCUAAGGUCAGGGUCACACUUGUAGGUCAAACUAUAGUCCCCUCAUUCACAGAACAGCCUAUUUGCCAGGGGAUAUAUACAUUCACUGAAUUGGCUUGUUGUUUUUUUUGCAUUGGCAUCUACAUGGUAAAGUUUUAUUGUAAGCUGGUAUCUCAGUACACACAAACAGGAUAGAUUGAAACUUCACACAUUUGUUCACUAUGAUGGUCUGACUUGCAUUGCACAGGUUCCAUAAAUCUGUUUACAAUUGUUACAAAGUUAUGCCCCUUUUUGACUUUGCAAUUUUUUGUUAGCUCACCUGUCACAAAGUGACAAGGUGGGCUUUUGUGAUCGCGCAGUGUCCGUCGUCCGUCCGUCCGUAAACUUUUGCUUGUCACAUUUUUUGUGGGAUCUUUAUGAAAGUUGGUCAGAAUGUUCAUCUUGAUGAUAUCUAGGUCAAGUUGAAACUGGGUCACGUGCCUUCAAAAACUAGGUCAGUAGGUCUAAAAAUAGAAAAACCUUGUGACCUCUCUAGAGGCCAUAUAUUUCACAAGAUCUUCAUGAAAAUUGGUCAGAACGUUCACCUUGAUGAUAUCUAGGUCAAGUUUGAAACUGGGUCACGUGCCUUCAAAAAGUAGGUCAGUAGGUCUAAAAAUAGAAAAACCUUGUGACCUCUCUAGAGGCCAUAUUUUUCACAAGAUCUUCAUGAAAAUUGGUCAGAAUGUUCACCUUGAUGAUAUCUAGGUCAAGUUCGAAACUGGGCCACGUGCCUUCAAAAACUAGGUCAGUAGGUCUAAAAUAGAAAAACCUUGUGACCUCUCUAGAGGCCAUAUAUUUCACAAGAUCUUCAUGAAAAUUGGUCAGAAUGUUCACCUUGAUAAUAUCAAGGUCAAGUUCGAAACUGGGUCACGUGCCUUAAAAAACUAGGUCAGUAGGUCUAAAAAUAGAAAAACCUUGUGACCUCUCUAGAGGCCAUAUAUUUCACAAGAUCUUCAUGGAAAUUCAUCAGAAUGUUCACCUUGAUGAUAUCUAGGUCAAUUUCGAAACUGGGUCACAUGCCUUCAAAAACUAGGUCAGUAGGUCUAAAAAUAGAAAAACCUUGUGACCUCUCUAGAGGCCAUAUAUUUCAUAAGAUCUUCAUGAAAAUUGGUCAGAACGUUCACCUUGAUGAUAUCUAGGUCAGGUUCGAAUCUGGGUCACGUGCCUUCAAAAACUAGGUCAGUAGGUCAAAUAAUAGAAAAACCUUGUGACCUCUCUAAAAGCCAUAUUUUUCAUGGGAUCUGUAUGAAAGUUGGUCUGAAUGUUCAUCUUGAUGAUAUCUAGGUCAAGUUCGAAACUGGGUUAGUGCGGUCAAAAACUCGGUCAGUAGGUCUAAAAAUAGAAAAAUCUUGUGACCUCUCUAGAGGCCAUAUAUUUCAUGAGAUCUUCAUGAAAAUUGGUCAGAAUGUUCACCUUGAUGAUAUCUAGGUCAAGUUCGAAAGUGGGUCAGGUGCCGUCAAAAACUAGGUCAGUAGGUCAAAUAAUAGAAAAACCUUAUGACCUCUCUAGAGGCCAUAUUUUUCAUGGGAUCUGUAUGAAAAUUGGUCUGAAUGUUCACCUUGAUGAUAUCUAGGUCAAGUUCGAAAGUGGUUCACAUGCCAUCAAAAACUAGGUCAGUAGGUCAAAUAAUAGAUAAACCUUAUAACCUCUCUAAAGGCCAUAUUUUUCAUGGGAUCUGUAUGAUAUUGGUCUGAAUGUUCAUCUUGAUGAUAUCCAGGUCAAGUUCGAAAUAGGGUCAUGUGCGGUCAAAAACUAGGUCAGUAGGUCUAAAAAUAGAAAAACCUUGUGACCUCUCUAGAGGCCAUACUUGUGAAUGGAUCUCCAUAAAAAUUGGUCAGAAUGUUCAUCUUGAUGAUAUCUAGUUCAGGUUUGAAAGUGGGUCAUGUGCCGUCAAAAAGUAGGUCAGUAGGUCAAAUAAUGAAAAAACGUUGUGACCUCUCUAGAGGCCAUAUUUUUCAUGGGAUCUGUAUGAAAGUUGGUCUGAAUGAUGAUUUUGAUGAUAUAUAGGUCAAGUUUGAAACUGGGUCAACUUCAAUAAAAAACUAGGUCAGUAGGUCUUGAAAUAGAAAAACCUUGUGACCUCUCUAGAGGCCAUACCCUUGAAUGGAUCUUCAUGAAAAUUGGUCAGAUUGUUCACCUUGAUAUCUAGGUCAAGUUUGAAAUGGGUCACAUGCCUUAAAAAACUAGGUCAGUAGGUCAAAUAAUAAAAAAACCUUGUGACCUCUCUAGAGGCCAUACUUUUCAUGGGAUCUGUAUGAAAGUUGGUCUGAAUGUUCAUCUUGAUGAUAUCUAGGUCAGGUUUGAAAUUGGGUCAACUGCGGUCAAAAACUAUGUCAGUAGGUCAAAAAUUAGAAAAAUCUUUUGACCUCUCUAGAGGCCAUAUUUUUCAAUGGAUCUUCCUAAAAAUUGAUUUAAAUGUUCACCUUGAUGAUAUUUAGGUCAGUUUAGAAACUGGGUCACGUACAGUCAAAAACUAGGCCAGUAGGUAUAAAAAUAGAAAAACCUUGUGACCUCUCUAGAGGCCAUAUUUUUCAUGAGAUCUUUAUGAAAAUUAGUGAGAAUGUUCACCUUGAUGACAUCUAGGUAAAGUUCAAAACAGGGUCACGUACCUUCGAAAACUAGGUCAAUAGGUCAAAUAAUAGAAAAACCUUGUGACCUCUCUAGAGGCCAUAUUUUUCAAUGGAUCUUCAUGAAAAUUGGUCAGAUUUUUUAUCUUGAUAAUAUCUAGGUCAAGUUCAAAACUGGGUCACAUGAGCUCAAAAACUAGGUCACUAUGUCAAAUAAUAGAAAAAACGACGUCAUACUCAAAACUGGGUCAUGUGGGAAGAGGUGAGCGAUUCAGGACCAUCAUGGUCCACUUGUUAAGUUAUGUAUGUAUGCUGGUAUCUCAGUACCCACUAAUGGGAAAUGGAUUGAAAAUCUGACGUGCAUAGCACAGUUUUACAAAUGUAUGCCCCUUUUUCAACUUAAAAAUAUUUUUGGGGUAAUCUGUCAUCUCAUUAAGCAUUAUAAGAGGGGAAAAGUCUAUGACACAAAAUUGUUGCCCCUUUUGUUAGCCCACCAUCAUCAGAUGGUGGGCUAUUAAAAUCACUCUGCGUCCGUGGUCCGUCCGUCCGUCAUUCCGUCCGUCCGUCAGUCCGUCCGUCUGUCCGUCCGUUAACAAUUUCUCGUUAUCGCAUCUCCUCAGAAACUACUGGGGGGAUUUUGACCAAACUUUGUCAGAAUGAUGUAUUGGUACCCUAGUUGUGUCCCCCUGAAAAUCAGACUGGUUCAACAAUUUAUGAGUGAAUUAUGGCCCUUUGUUUAUUUCUAUAAUUUAUAUAGGGAAAAACUUUGAAAACUUUCUUGUCCAAAACCACAGAGCCUAGGGCUUUGAUAUUUGGCAUGAAGCAUCAUCUAAUGGUCCUCUACCAAGAUGAUUCAAAUUAUUUCUCUGGGGUCAAAUAUGGCAGCGCCCUGGGGGUCACAUGGUUUAUAUAGACUUAUAUAGGGAAAAACUUUGAAUAACCUCUUGUCCAAAACCACAGGGCCUAGGGCUUUGAUAUUUUGUAUGUGACAUCAUCUAGUGGUCUUCAACUAAGAUUGUUCAAAUUAUACCCCUAGGGUCAAAUAUGGCCCCGCCCUGGGGGUCAUAUGGUUUACAUAGACUUAUAUAGGGAAAAACUUUGAAAAUCUUCUUGUCCAAACCACAAAGCCUAGGGCUUUGAUACUUGUAAUGUAGCAUCAUCUAGUGGUUCUCUACCAAGUUUGUUCAAAUUAUCCUCCUAGGGUUAAAUAUGGCCCUGCCCCCGGGGUCACAUGGUUCAUAUAGACUUAUAUAGGGAAAAACUUUUAAAAUGUUCUUGUCAGUAACUACAACAUUCAAACUUGGACCACAUGUAUAUUUUUGAGUGGCAAGAUGAACCUUGACAUGAGUUGACCUUGAUUUUGACCUAGUGACCUACUUUCACAUUUCUGUAGCUACAGCCUUCAAAUUUGGACCACAUGCAUAAUUUUGUGCACUGGAAAAAACUUUGACCUUUAUUUUGACCUAGUGACCUACUUUCACAUUUUUGAAGGUACAGGCAUCAAAUUUGGACCAUAUGCAUAGUUUCGUGUUUCAAAAUGAAAUUUGACAUUGAUUUUGACCUAGUGACCUACUUUCACAUUUCUCAAGCUACAGCCUUCAUAUUUGGACUACAUGCAUAGUUUUGUGUACCGAAAAAAACUUUGACCUUGACAUUGACCUAGUGACCUACUUUCACAUUUUUGAAGGUACAGGCUUCAAAUUUGGACCACAUGCAUAGUUUUGUAUUCUGAAAUAAAAUUUGACCUUGAUUUUGACCUAGUGACCUACUUUUACAUUUCUCAAGCUACAGCCUUCAAAUUUGGACCACUUGCAUAGUUUUGUGUACUGAAAUGACCUGUGACCUUUACCUUGACCUAGUGACCUACUUUCACAUUUUUAAGGUAAAGGCUUCAAAUUUGGACCACAUGCAUAGUUUUGUAUUCCGAAUUAAAAUUUGACCUUGAUUUUGACCUAGAGACCUACUUUUACAUUUCUCAAGCUACAGCCUUCAAAUUUGGACGACUUGCAUAGUUUUUUGUACCGAAACAAACUUUGACCUUACAUUGACCUAGUGACCUACUUUCACAUUUUUGACCUACUUUCACAUUUUUGAAGGUACAGGCUUCAAAUUUGGACCUCAUGCAUAGUUUUGUAUUCCGAAGUAAAAUUUGACCUGGAUUUUGACCUAGUGACCUACUUUUACAUUUCUGAAGCUACAGCCUUCAAAUUUGGACCACUUGCAUAGUUUUGUGUAACGAAAUGAACUUUGACCUUAAGAUUGACCUAGUGACCUACUUUCACAUUUCUGUAGCUACAGGCUUCAAAUUUAGGACCACAUGCAUAGUUUUGUGUACCGAAACAAACUUUGACCUUGACAUUGACCUAGUGACCUACUUUCACAUUUUUGAAUGUACAGGCUUCAAAUUUGGACCACAUGCAUAGAUUUGUGUUGUGUACGGAAACGAAAUUUGACCUUGAGCUAGUCAAUAAGUCUUGAAAUUUGGAACACUCAAAAAUGGCACAUUGGUGGGCGCCAAGAUCACUCUGUGAUCUCUUGUUUAUAUCUAUGUUUUCAUUGUUUUAAGACUUUUUAUUAGUCAGGUGUUGCUGUCCGCCAACAACUGUUGUUUUUAGCUCACCUGAGUACAAAGUGCUCAAGGUGAGCUUUUGUGAUCGCCCUGUGUCCGUCGUCAUUCGUCCAUCAUCCGUCAUUGGCAACAAUUUGACUGUUAACACUCUAGAGGUCACAAUUUUAGCCUAAUCUUAAUGAAUUGGUCAGAAUGUUACCCUAAAUAAAAUCUUGGACGAGUUCGACAUUGGGUCAUUUGGGUUCAAAAACUAGGUCACCAGGUCAAAUCAAAGGAAAAGCUUGUUAACACUCUAGAGGUCACAAUUUUGACCCAAUCUUAAUGAAACUUAAUCACAAUGUUACUCUCAAUAAAAUCUUGGACAGAGUCAAUAUUGGGUCAUGUAGUCAUGUAAAACUAGGUCACCAGGUCAAAUCAAAGAAAUAGCUUGUUAACACUCUAGAGGUCACAAUUUUGGCCCAAUCUUAUAGAAACUUGGUCAGAAUGUUAUCCUUAAUAAAAUCUUGCAGGAAUUCGAUAUUGGUUUACCUGGGGUCAAAAACUAGGUCACCAGGUCAAAUCAAAGGAAAAGCUAGUUAACACUCUAGAGGCCACUUUUAUGAUUCUAUCUUCAUGAAACUUGGUCAGAAUGUUAAUCAUGAUGAUCUUAAAGUCCUAUUUGAAUCUGGGUCAGGUAGGGUCAAGAACUAGGUCACCAGGUCAAAUCAAAGGAAAAGCUAGUUAACACUCUAGAGGCCACAUUUAUGACCUUAUCUUAAUGAAACUUGGUCAGAAUGUUAAUCUUGAUGAUUUAUAGGUCAGGUUCAAAUCUGGGUCAGGUGGAGUCAAAAACUAGGUCACCAGGUCAAAUCAAAGGAAAAGCUUGUUUACACUCUAGAGGCCACUUUUAUGACUGUAUCUUCAUGAAACUUAGUCAGAAUGUUAAUCCUGAUGAUCUUUAGGUCAGGUUCAAAUCUGGGUCAUGUGGGGUCAAAACUAGGUCACUAGGUCAAAUCAAAGGUGAUGAUCUUUAGGUCGCUAGGUCAGGUGAGCGAUACAGGGCCUUCAUGGCCCUCUUGUUUUAUAGUAUACCUUCAACCUACCCACAUUACAUGCCCCCCACCCCCACUGCCACCCUCCUUUGCACUACUUUUCAUUUUGUUUACUUUGUCAUAUUUCUUAUCACCAUUUAUUGUGUUUUGUUUAUUGUUUCUUACUCCACAUGCACCCACCGAAGAUUACAUCCUAAAACUGAACCCUUCUUUCAUAAUAUGUACAAUUCUUUCACUGUGACCUUUGUUGCCUGCAGACAUCUCUUUUUGUGUGUACAUGUAUAUAGUUGUGUACAAAUUUUGCCUAUGAAUUUAACUUUCUUGUUGUUUUGUGAUGUAAUAAUCUGUAUUGAAAAUGACAUGUUGAAAGAGACAAUAAAUGAUAGAAUAUUG